GAAGAGUGAUACCAGAAAGUUUGGUUUACAGCUUUGGUACCCUGUUGCUUGAUCUGCUCAGCGGGAAACAUAUCCCUCCAAGUCAUGCACUUGACCUGAUACGGGGCAAAAACUUUUUGAUGCUGAUAGACUCGUGCUUGGAAGGUCAUUUCUCAAAUGACGAUGGGACUGAGCUGGUGAGGUUAGCUUCACGAUGCUUGCAGUAUGAACCUCGUGAGAGGCCAAAUGCCAAGUCUCUUGUGACUGCCCUCAUUCCUCUUCAAAAAGAAACUGAGGUUCCAUCAUAUGUUUUGCUGGGUAUUCCGCAUGGAAAUGCGCCUCUGAAUCAGACAUUGCUAUCACCUCUAGGUGAAGCUUGCUCGAGACUGGAUCUUACUGCAAUACAUGAAAUACUGGAGAAGCUUGGAUACAAGGAUGAUGAGGGGGUUGCAAAUGAACUUUCUUUCCAAAUGUGGACAAAUCAAAUACAAGAGACAUUGAAUUCUAAGAAGCAUGGGGAUGCUGCAUUUCGAUCUAAGGAUUUUGUUACCGCGAUAGAUUCUUACACAGAAUUCAUUGAUGGUGGGACCAUGAUAUCGCCAACUGUGUUUGCUAGACGUUGCUUAUGUUACUUGAUGAAUGAUAUGGCACAAGAAGCUCUUGGAGAUGCUAUGCAAGCCCUA